AUUGAUUUCAGCAUGUCUUCCUCUAGGCAUCACGUUGUUCGCCAUCAUGUGAUGACACUGGUCUCAAGCCUACUUGUUAACCAGAACCGAGGGCAUCACUACCCGAAGGAGAGGGCCGAGACGCUAUAGAUUAACAAAAAGGCGACCCUAUAACCUGCAACUGCGUGUUUUUUUAGUCUCAACUAUGACCACGCCUGUCUUCUCAAAAUGAGUUUUGCUGUGAUGCCGGUAGAUUUUAGAAAAACGUAGGUCGAGCAUCUUUAUUUUCCCACCGCCGAAAGUUAAAGAGGAAAUAUUUAACGAAAGAUUCAUAAAUGGCUGAAGAAGUUUUAAUAACGCCACCAGGGAAAAUAACGUCGUUCCUCAGACCCAUGGAUUCCUCCAAACUAAAGGCCAUAGAAGAGAUGAAUGAGAGCCCAACACACCUGACCUCAUCUCUGUUGGCAGUAGCAUUCCUCACCUCAUUUGGGAGCUCCAUGCUCUAUGGCUACAACCUGGCAGUGGUCAACUCCCCUGCAGUGUACAUUAAGGACUUCUACAACAGGACGUCAGUGAGCCGUAAUGGUACGGGGCUGGAUGAGGAGGCUCUGACCCUCAUGUACUCUCUCACCGUGUCUGUCUUUGCCAUUGGGGGUCUACUGGGAUCCCUCAUGGUGGGCAUGCUCGUCACCAGGUUCGGCAGGAAAGGCACAGUGGUGAACUCGACGGUAUUGGUGUUCAUCGCUGGAUCUCUCAUGGGCUUCAGCAGGAUCUGUGGCUCUCCAGAGAUGGUCAUCUUUGGCCGCUUCGUCACAGGGAUCCACUCAGGUAUCUCUCUGAGCGUGGUGCCCAUGUACCUGGGGGAGAUAGCUCCUAAGAACCUGCGUGGUUUCCUGGGGCUCGUGCCCAGCCUCUUCAUUUGUGCUGGGGUCUUCUCGGCCCAGAUCCUGGGUCUACACGAAAUUCUGGGGAAGGAGGAUCACUGGCCCCUGUUUCUCUCUCUGGUGGUGAUACCCACCUUCAUUCAGCUGAUGCUGUUGCCAUGGUUUCCGGAGAGCCCACGAUACCUGCUGAUUGAGAAGCACAAUGUCCACGCCACCAUUAUAGCGUUGAAGUGGUACCGGGCCAAGUGUAACAUCCAGUCAGAGAUCGAGGAGAUGCAGGAGGAGCAGCGCUCUCUGUCGUCGGUGGAGACGGUGUCGGUAUGGCGACUGAUACUGGACCCUUUGGUGCGCUGGCAGCUGCUCAGUGUGGUGGUCAUCAAUAUCGGCAUGCAGCUCUCCGGUAUAGACGCUCUCUGGUUCUAUACCAAUGACAUCUUUAGGAACGCGGGCAUCCCAGACCCAGAGAUCCAGUACACUACGGUGGGUACAGGAGCCAUCGAGAUCAUUGCCGGCCUCAUCGGGUGUUUUACCAUAGAGAAACUGGGCAGGAGGCCUCUCAUCAUCGGGGGGUUUCUAGUCAUGGGAUUCUGCUGCGCUGGGAUCACUCUCUCCCUCGUUCUACAGGUUCACUUACCAUUCAUGCGUUAUGUCAGUGUUGGAUGCGUGGUCGGUAUCAUCGCUGGUUUCUGCAUUGGGCCAGCGGGUGUUCCUUUCCUGAUAACGGCAGAGCUGUUUAAACAGUCUCACCGCCCAGCAGCCUACACUGUGGGAGGAUCCCUCAACUGGAUUUCCAACUUCACAGUCGGCUUCGUCUUCCCCUUCCUACAGAUGUCCGCUGGGUCCUACUGCUACCUGGUGUUCUGCUGCGUAUGUCUGGCGGUGGCGGCCUUUGUGUUCUUCGUCAUCCCCGAGACCAAGAACAAGACGUUCGUGGAGAUCAGCCAGAUGUUCGCCUCCAAGGAGGCGGUGCCAGAGACCCAGGGCCUGGGCCAUCCCGACCAGCUCAAACUGAGGAAGAUGAACGGAUACGGAACCCUGGAGAAUGGAUCGCUGGAGUUUGACAGCUCCUCCUCCGUCCCCUGAUAGUGGCUCUGAGAGAGAGGCUGGCUGCAUUCCAAAACUCAGAAGUAGCUUUUUUCUUUCUUCAGUAUGACCAUUGAUAGGUAAAAAGCUGUAUCGGCUGCCACAAAGAAAUCAUGGGAGGAGCAGGAUACAAUAUCACGUCGUACUGAUUUACUUUCAGAUUAAGCUGUGAUUUUGAGAUCAUGCAGUAACAGAGACAUGCACACAUACUGUAGGCACACGUAAAUAUACUGCACAUAUGCUUUCUUUUUGCCUGUUACCUUCCGAUUCCAAAUCAAGCCUUUGUUAUUUUGCAGUCAUUUAAAGGGUGUGUGGGUUAUGUCAAAACUGACAGAUCUGUACAUUUUUCAAACGGGUGUAGCUUGAUGUGUUUUAUACAUACUGUAUGGUUUUAUCAAAAGCCAGAGUUUAUUUUCUAAUAUAUAACUGUAUUUGAAAUGUGUACAUUCAAAUAUUUUAUCAAAGUAAUAACAUGCAAAGCUUUAUGAUGUUUAUGAUCAAUUAUAUACUUGUUUUCAGAGCAAUCCUUUUUGUUGUCUAAUACAUCUCAGGAGAGACAUUCACUUUGUUUUAGUCAUUAGAAUCUAACACAAAACAUGAUGUAUGGUUUUUGAAAAUUCACUUUUGGGGUUUGGGGUUGUUUGGGAUAUGUUACAACCAGUAUUGUUUCAAGUGUUCUUGUGCAGCAUAUAUAACUUCUCUGGCAAGCUCUGCAGAUGUAUAGCACAUACCAGCUAACAACAAACGUUCCCACAACUUCAGAGAACGCUCCAUUAAGAGUCUCAUUAGGUCACUAACUAAUGUUUUCAUAGGAAUGUGCCCAUGAUGUGCAAGGAAUGUUUCCAAGAGACCAUCCCCUUAAUGUAAAAUUGAACUUACCCAGGAAGUGGUUACCAUGUUCUCAGAAUUUACAAUAUUAAUGUUUUCGACAUGUUUCAUGGAAACGUUGAAAGAACAUUCACGUGUCGACCAUUUCUGAGGGUUAGGAGAAUAUUCCAUCAACAUCCCACCAAACAAAGACAGAAUAUGGUUGCCAUGUUCUCAGAACAGAAGAUAUGAAUGUUCUAGACACGUUUCAUUUGAACGUUGCAGGAACAUUUCUGCAUAUCAGUUGUCAGGACGUCGCCUGAUGGUCCCAAAGAAACGUUCUCCCCCUAAAAAAAAACAUGUUUCAUUUCACAUCACACCUUGUUACGCCCUCAUUGUUGUACCAGUGAUCCAUUUAUAGCUCGUUGUCUGUUGGCAAGGUCAGGGAUACUCUCACACAGUGCUUUUCACCUGGGAUUUAAACUGACAAACUCUUAAUUCACCACAUUCAGAUCUUCCUGCUAGCCACCAUGUCAGUGUCAGGUAUUGGUUAAUCUGAUUAUUCUCAUCAUUGAUUUGAUUGGUUUAUUUCAGCUAUUUAAGGGUUUUCUGUAUAAUUGUCUAAUCUUGGUGGGGCAUGUUAACCUGUUUUAAUAAUACUCCUGAAUCACUAUGAUCAAUAAAAUAGUUUGUUUCCUGGACUUUGAAAAGAGCUGAGAUUUACUUCAAAGUACAUUCAGCCUAUUGCUUACCUAUCAAGUUGUUUCAUCUACAUAAGUGCCUAGGGAGGAGGGGUUAGGGUUUCUUAUGGGCAGGGACUAACUAUACUGGCCCAGUAGGCCAGUCUAGAGAUAUCUUUUAUUGGGACAGUGGUUAGGGUGUUUGUCAUUAUUUGGCAACAGUUGCUACACACCUAUCUGAUUUAAUUCAAAUGUGUCCUACAUGGUAUAUUUGUUGUGGAUUUCAAAAAGACGACAGCGUUCUCAUUGAGAUGCUCAGAUAUAUAGAAUUAAUAAAUGCUGAUCAUUUAUGAGGUCGUGAUUCGUGCUCAAGGGGAAAUCCUACAGAUGUAUAGUUUGUAUAGAAAAUAGAUGCGACAAUUGCCUUUCAUUAAAACUGUCUUGUGUCGAUAAAAACAGCUGGACAUUAUGACGUCACACCUGUAAUAAAAUGAAAAAGUGAUUGAAGUGUUGCCGUUAUACAUUUAGGCAAACUGUGCAUUAAUAAAUUGGCGACAGGUUGUAUGUCCUCCUACCUAUCGGGUUCACGUCUCAGCUAGCCCGCAAAAGUUCAGCAUGGACGGAAUGCAAGAAUUGACUAUUUUUUGCCAUAUUCUUAUAAUUAUCAUGUGCCAACGUUUCGCCACGGUCCGUAGUCUACUACAGUGAAACUUGCACACCUGUAAAUCUGAAAUAAUUGGAUGGUAAAACUUGCAUCCAGCCAACUAUAAAAGCAAGGCGAAGCAAUUCGGCCAUUCUUGAAAGUCAGGACAAUCCUUAUCCUGCAAAUAAACAUUAUUUUCAUAGUUGAAACAAUAGGCAUUUAUAUUUAAAUGUGGAGUGGAGCUUAAUAGUUAAUAAGAGUUGACAUCACCUGCCCCGCGAUUCGGCAAUCAACAUUUAUUCGAAUACACCAUCGUAAUUUCCAUCAUAAUUUAUCACAAUAACGAAAGUUUGACGAAAGACAAUUCCACAACUGUCGAACAUGUAAAAAUGUUGUUUAGCUGGCGUUUUCAUUACACAUGUCGCAUUGCUUUGGUCGAAUAAAUCUGCCUACUAAGAAACUAACUUUAAAUAGAUCAGAUAGGUGUGUUGUAACUGUUGCCAAAUAAUGACAUUAACACAUUUAGCUAAGAAUGUGAGAGUAGGAUGACUCCCCUAGCAGGUCACAAACCCAGGCCAUCAGCACCAAUGACGAACACCCUUCAUCGCUUUGCCAAUAAGAAAUGUCUCUAGAACAUGUGCUUAUUGGCUAGAUCUGAAACAACUUGGUAGGUGUAAGGUAAUAGGAUGAAUGCACUUUAAAGUAAAUAUCAGCUCUGUUAAAAACAAACUCAAGAAAAACUAUUGCCAACAUGUGAUUUGGGAGUAUCAUUGAAAAAGGUUAACAUGCACCACCAACAUUAAACAACUAUACUGAAAGCGUUAAAAUUGCUGAAAUUAGUGGGCCUAAAUCCAAUCAAUGCAUGAGCACAGUCAGAUUAACUGGUAGAUGACAUGGUAGCGUAGCAGAAAACUCAGACUACUGUAAAUCAAGAGGUUGUGAGUUCAAAUCCCACGGGAGGACAUGUGAAUAAUAAUUACAGUAUAAAUUAACAUGCAUAAUGUAUUUCAAACUGUAAAAAAAGUUGAAAAUGCUAGAAGCACUGUGGGUAUGUGUGAGUAUCCCUUACCUAUGAAAGGAUAAGUUAUUCAUCAAUCGGCGUAUUGAUUAGAUCAAUAACAAGGUGUAAUGAAACAUACAUUUUGUUGGGAGAAUAUUUCUUUGGAAGCAUCAGGCGAUGUUCCCAUGAAACGUGUCAAGAACAUUAAUACUGUAUCUUAUGUUCUGAGAACAUGGCAACCAUGUUCUGUGGGACGUUGAUGGAAUAUUCUCCUUACCCUCAGAAAACUGGACACAUUAAUGUUCUUGCAAUGUCCCAUGAAACAUUUUGAUUUUACCUUUAUUUAACUAGGCAAGUCAGUUAAGAACUAACUAUUGUUUACAAUGACAGCCUAGGAACAGUGGGUUAACUGCCUUGUUCAGGGGCAGAACGACAGAUUUUUAUCUUGUCAGCUCGGGGAUUCAAUCUAGCAAACUUUCGGUUACUGGCCCAACGGUCUAACCGCUAGGCUACCUGCCACCCCAUAAUGUCUAGAACAUUAAAAUCGUAUAUUCUGAGAGCUUGCAACCAUUUUCUAUGUAUGUUUGGUGGAAUGUUGAUGGAAUAUUCUCCUAACCCUCAGAAAACUGGACACAUUAAUGUUCUUGCAACGUCCCAUAAAACGUGUCUAUAACAUUAAUGUUGAGUAUUCUGAGAACAUUGUAACGUUCUCCUACGUAACUUCAAUACUAAAACAUGCUAAAAAUGUUCUCAGAAGGUUUUUGCUAACAUAGAUAGAAUGUUCCCCUAACUAACAGAAAACACUCAAACAUUAGGGUGACAUUACAAAAACGUUCUCUCCCCUAGAAUUGUUAGCUGGGAUCUCUGCCUCUCAAGCAGCUCCCUAGCCAGGCAAAAAGUGACAGAGGGUAUCCCCAACUGACUGACUCAUGCUUGGCUCUGUAGCAUGUGGACUUGUGCCCAGACAGGGGGAGAUAUUUCACUGUGACACCACACUCAUGAUAGAGUUCCUUUCUCCCAACAGGAUGUUCAGAGGAAACAACCUCUGUCCAAUUAGUAGAGGAACCUACUGACUCUCAACUGACAGGGCAGACUCAACUCUGACGCCCAGUGGCCAGAAAGAUAAUUGCUGUUAGAAUUAUGUUGGACUGUGGUCUACAGUAUAAUGUGGCUGUGGUAGGUCUGUAAUCUACUUUAGAAACGAAUACAAAACAGUACUAUAUUCUUACAGACAUCUCUACAUGUUCAUAUGUACUUUCUCACUCUCGCUGCAGUAGCUCACUCAAACACAAGCAUGUAUGCAUUGCAUACAAACACACUACAUUACACAGCUCUCUCUCCCUCUCUCUCUCUCUGUCUCUGUCUCUCUCUCUCUCUCUCUCCACCUCUCCUCCUUCCACCUCUCUCACUCUCUCUCUGUCUCUCUCUCGCUCUCUCCACCUCUCCUCCUUCGACCUCUCUGUCUCUCUCUCGCUCUCUCUCCACCUCUCUCUCUCUCUCUCUCUCUCUCUGCAGCAGUGUAAUUAAUGGCAGCAACCCUGACUUCAUAAGCUCUGUGAGGAGCCUUAUUGCGGUGUGUCCCUGUGGCUGUGGAAGCCUGCCGCUGACGGAUGAGUGUGUCGCCGUGACUCCCUUGCUGCGCCGCUGUCACCAAUGCUGAUGGCAUUAACGUGCAGGCGACGCCGUGACAAAUGCCCGUUAUCAGCGAACGAGGCUAGUGACAAAUGGAAGGGGCGCUCCACGGCCAGCCCUGUCAUGCCAUAAUAAAAAAAGAUGGAUGAGCCCCCCCCCCACUCAGCUCUGUUAAUGCGAUUUAGGCAGCUCUCGCUGGCUCCAAUUAAGACUAUAGGAGAGAGGAAGUAGGACGGAGAGAAGGGAAGGAAGCUAGGUGGAGGGAGAGCGAGAGAGAUGGGUGGAAGAGGAGCGUUAGCUAGGUGGAGGGGGAGAGAGAGAGCGAGGUGGAAGGAAGAGAGGUAACUAGGUAGACGGAGAGAUGUGGAAGGAUGAGAAGUAGCUAGGUGGAUGGAGAGAAAGAGCGAGAGAGACAGGUGAAAGGAAGAGAGGUAGCGAGCGAGAGAGAGAGAGGUGGAAGGAGGAGAGGUGGAGAUAGA